AAGCAAAACCAGAAAGUCUUGAGCUUCAAUUAACAUUAUCACAAACACAGAAACAAAGUGAGUGAGAGAGAGGGAAACAUUAGUUGUUUUUCCAUUAGUAGUGUCACGUCUUUAUCACUCUCAAUUCGGAAAAUUUUCCCAUUUUCCUUUUUCUUUCUGGAUUCGUUCCUCAUACGGCAUUGGAAUCAACGCCAAUUCGACAUUACCAUUCCCAAUCUCAAGUAAACGAAGCGAAGACCAAAUCAUCGACGAUGGUUCGACGCAAGAAUUCUUCGUAGAUCAAUUUUUUUUAGUUUGGAUUUUCGGUGGUUUGAUUAAUUAGUGGAAUGGAAAUUUUGGUUGCGGAUCAAGGGCGGUUAAAGCGGUUUUCCAAGAGUGAUAUAGAGGGAGCUUCAAAUGUUUCCAUGGUUGGAACUAAGAGAAAGUUUUCAGAAAUUUCACAACCUAGAAAUAAGAAAACCAUAACAGGGGAUGACAAAAAGAAUGUUGAUUUUUCUGGAGCAGCAACAGUGUCAUCUGGAAAAGGAUGUGGCAAAAGAAAUUCGAGAAGGGCUUGUAUUGCCUCAAAGAGAGAGAUUGAUUUGGAUGAUGAGUUUUUAGCAGAUGAAUUUGAAGAACGGGAGUUAUUGUUUCUGUUCAAGUUAAGACAGAAUCGAAGUAGAAGUAGAAAUUCUGUGGGUAUAGUGACUGAAGAAACUCCAAAGGAUGUUGCUGUUGAAAUUUAUGAGUCGAGGGAUACUACAUGUUGCACUUCUCCUCCUCCAGCUUCUCCUAGUUCUUCUGUCAAUUGCGUCGGUAAGGACGCAGUGAGUGAUGUGGAGAGUAAAGCAGAAGAUAAUUUGAAGUGUCAUCAGUGUAUGGAGGCAAGUGAAAGUGUUUUCUCUUGCAUCAAGUGUAAAGAGAAAUCAUAUUGCAUCGAAUGUGUGAAGCAAUGGUACCCUAACAUAAAAGUGAAGGAAAUUGAGGCACUUUGCCCUUUUUGCCGCAAAAAUUGUAACUGCAAUAGAUGCUUGCAUUCAGCUGGCAUUAUAGAGACAUCAAAGAGGAAGAUUGAUGACAGUGAAAAGCUGCAGCAUCUUAAGUACUUAAUUUCCUCAUUGCUCCCAUAUCUAAAACAAAUUUGUGAAGAACAAACAAAAGAGGUAGAGAUUGAAGCUAAUAUUCAAGGGAUUUCAUCCUCUGAAAUUGAAAUACCACAGGCUGUAUGCUAUAGUGAUGAGCGAGUUUAUUGCAACCAUUGCGCAACUUCAAUUAUUGAUCUUCAUAGAAGCUGCCCACAGUGUUCUUACGAACUCUGUCUCAGUUGUUGCCAUGAUAUUCGCAAGGGAGGCCUUUCAGACCGCGGUGAAGUGAAAUUUCACUAUAAGAACAGGGGUUAUGAUUACAUGCACGGAGGAGAUUCUUCACAGGUAUCCUGUCCUUUAGAGACCUCAGAGUAUGAUACAGAACCUUCGACUGAGUGGAAUGCAAAUGACGAUGGGAGUGUCAUGUGCCCUCCGAAAGAUAUUGGUGGGUGCAAUAAAUGUAUAUUGGAACUAAAGCGCAUUCUUCCUUGUCAGUGGAUCUCAAAUUUAGAAGUGAAAGCUAGAUGUUUACUGGGUGAUGAUCAAACCGAACAAACAGAUUUUAGGUGUAAAUAUGUUGCAAGAACGGAUCCAUUGAGAAAAGCAGCUUCCAGAGAAAAUACGAAUGAUAACUACCUCUAUUCUCCAGACUCGAGUGAUAUUCUAACAGGAGGGCUUUCCAGCUUCCAGAAGCAUUGGAUAAAUGGUGAACCAGUUAUAGUCCGAAACGUUCUUGAACAAGCAACUGGCUUGAGCUGGGAGCCAAUGGUAAUGUGGCGUGCACUAAGUGAAAAUCCAGAGGCAGAGACAGGCUCAAAAUUUUUUGAAGUGAAAGCCAUUGACUGCUUGGCUGGUUGUGAGGUUGAGAUUAACACUCGUCAGUUCUUUGAAGGUUACUCUGAAGGGAGAACAUAUGUUAAUUUAUGGCCCGAGAUGCUCAAAUUAAAAGACUGGCCCCCUUCAGAUAAGUUUGACGAUUUUCUGCCUCGUCAUUGUGAUGAAUUUAUCAGCGCCUUGCCAUUUCAGGAGUACACAGAUCCUAGGAUUGGUAUCCUUAACCUUGCUGUAAAGUUGCCUCUAGGUGUCCUGAAGCCGGACUUGGGCCCCAAAACGUAUAUUGCUUAUGGGACUCAAGAAGAACUUGGAAGAGGUGACUCGGUAACUAAGCUUCAUUGUGAUAUGUCAGAUGCGGUGAACAUUUUGACGCAUACAGCAGAAGUAGGUUUAAGUAAUUUGCAGCGUCGUUCAAUUUCAAGAUUGAAAAAAUUACACAAGGCGCAAGAUGAGAAAGAGGGGAUAAGAACUAGCAGCUAUCUUGAUGAACAGACAAAUGAUUCAGAAAUCCACAAAGUAGAAGAUGAGACGGAUGGGGAUUUUCUUCCUGGUUUCCUUUCUAAAGAAUCAGAGGAAACAGGCGGUGCACUUUGGGACAUCUUUCGGCGAGAAGAUGUCCCAAAGUUAGAGGCCUAUCUAAGAAAACACUCUAAAGAAUUUAGGCAUACUUAUUGUUCUCCUGUUCAACGGGUUGAUCAUCCAAUCCAUGACCAAUCCUUUUAUUUAUCUUCGGCGCACAAGAAGAAGCUAAAGGAAGAAUAUGGGGUUGAACCAUGGACGUUUGAGCAAAGACUUGGAGAGGCUGUAUUUAUUCCUGCCGGAUGCCCCCACCAAGUUAGGAAUCUUAAGUCUUGUACCAAAGUUGCUGUAGACUUCGUUUCUCCAGAAAAUAUCCAUGAAUGCCUCCGUUUAACAGAAGAGUUCAGACAACUUCCCAAGAACCAUAGAGCCAGAGAAGACAAAUUAGAGAUAAAGAAGAUGGCGAUUUAUGCUGUGGAUCACGCCCUCAAAGAUUUGGAAGACUUGAUAUAGUUCUAAAUUUUGGCCUUUUUAGGAUCCACAAACUAGGUUUUAAUAAACUUGUGGGGGCAAUCUACUCUUCGACUUCUAAUAAUGUCCCAAGUUUUCCGGGGCUGCGAGAUGUGUUUUAUAAUGAUUUUAACUCUUUGACAAUUUUGUAUUGCGAACUAGACCAACAGGGAGAUUAUGCAGCCAAUGAUUUUGUUAUUUGAGCAGGAACUUGGAAAUCACCUCUUUUGCAGAAGUUAGAAGUUAUGCUUCAGCAUCCCGCACGUAAAGGGUGUGCUCAUUAUCAUACUUAUUCUUGAAUAUUUUG